AAGAGGAGACCCUGGGGUUUUUGGAUGCGGGUCCAGUCCUGGGGGGCCGCGGGGCUGAGAGCUCCUCCUGCUGCUGCUCCUCUUUGGGGAAAACCUGCAGACGUUCUCUGAGGAUUUUAUUCUUUUUUCUGCUCUGCUCCAGCAGGAACCUGAAAACCAUUAAAACACUCAAAGGGCAGUUUUAAAUUCCUCAGUAAAAAGUUUUAAAGUUCUCCUCUGUCCUGAAGAACAUGUGGGUCCUGUGAGGUCUGUGGUUCGAGCGUAGAUGUUCGGGAUCCAGGAGAACCUUCCUCGGGGGGCGACGGCCAGCAUGAAGGAGGAGCCGCUGGCCGUCCGGUCCUGGAUGCACUCGGCCGGCGUGGUGGAUGCCAACACGGCCGCUCAGAGCGGGGUGGGGUUAGCUCGCGCUCACUUCGAGAAGCAGCCGCCAUCCAACCUGAGAAAGUCCAACUUCUUCCACUUUGUUUUGGCGCUGUACGACCGGCAGGGCCAGCCGGUGGAGAUUGAACGCACCACCUACGUGGACUUCGUGGAAAAAGAGAAGGAGCCGACCGGGGAGAAGACCAACAACGGGAUCCACUACAAGCUGCAGCUGCUCUACAGUAAUGGAGUGAGAACCGAGCAGGACCUGUACGUCCGCCUCAUCGACUCCAUGACCAAACAGGCCAUCAUCUAUGAGGGACAGGACAAGAACCCAGAGAUGUGCCGAGUUCUGCUGACACAUGAGAUCAUGUGCAGUCGCUGCUGUGAUAAGAAAAGUUGUGGAAACAGAAAUGAGACUCCGUCUGACCCGGUCAUCAUCGACAGGUUCUUCCUCAAGUUCUUCCUCAAGUGUAACCAGAACUGUUUGAAAAACGCAGGAAACCCACGAGACAUGAGGAGGUUUCAGGUGGUGGUGUCUACAACGGUCAAUGUUGACGGCCAUGUUCUCGCCGUCUCUGACAACAUGUUUGUACACAACAACUCCAAACAUGGCCGCCGAGCCCGGAGACUGGACCCGUCUGAAGCAGCUACUCCCUGCAUCAAAGCCAUCAGUCCCAGUGAAGGCUGGACCACUGGAGGAGCCACCGUCAUCCUCAUUGGAGACAACUUCUUCGACGGUCUGCAGGUGGUGUUUGGCACCAUGCUGGUGUGGAGUGAGCUGAUCACCCCUCAUGCUAUCCGGGUCCAGACUCCUCCUCGUCACAUCCCUGGAGUGGUGGAGGUCACUCUGUCCUACAAGUCCAAGCAGUUCUGUAAAGGAGCACCGGGUCGCUUCGUCUACACAGCUCUGAACGAGCCCACCAUCGACUACGGCUUCCAGAGGUUACAGAAGGUCAUCCCCCGUCACCCUGGAGACCCUGAGAGGCUGCCAAAGGAGGUUCUGCUGAAGCGAGCAGCCGACCUGGUGGAAGCGCUCUAUGGGAUGCCCCACAACAACCAGGAGAUCAUCCUGAAGCGAGCAGCCGACAUUGCAGAGGCGCUCUACAGUGUUCCCAGGAACCACAACCAGAUCCCGUCGCUAGGCAACACCGCCUCCCACGGCAUGAUGGGAGUUAACUCCUUCAGUGGUCAGCUGGCCGUCAACGUCUCCGAGACAACACAAGUUGGUUACAGCCGGAACACCAGCAGCGUGUCGCCGCGGGGAUACGUACCAAGCUCCACCCCCCAACAGAGUAACUAUGGGAACACCGUCAGCAACAGCAUGAACGGAUACGGCAACGCUGGAAUGACCAACCUGGGAGUAGCAACGUCUCCAGGAUUCCUCAACGGCUCCACGGCCAACUCCCCCUACGGCAGUAAGUAUCAAGUUGUCCCCUCCAGUCCCACUAUGGCCGUGUCCAACUGUAACUCCUCCCACGGCGUCUUCUCCUUCUCAGCUGCCGUCAAACAGAAGAGCGCUUUUGCUCCUGUCGUCCGGCCGCCGGCGUCUCCUCCUCCUCCUCCGACCUGCUCCAACACCAGCAACGGACUGCAAGCCAUGUCCGGCCUGGUCGUCCCUCCCAUGUAGAACACCUCACCUGUCUCCUCCCCUCAGCCACGAGCACUAAUCACCUCAAAGAGGAGGGGCCUGGGCCCUCAGGAGGCGGGGCCUCAGGCAGCAGCUGACCAGUCAGGACAGAGUGCAUGGAGCCUCUGAUCUCUACAGAUGAACUAAAGGACUUUUGUACAGCAGUCUGCUGCUUCAGCUCUGUGAUGACUCUCUGUUAUGUUCUGUGUGGGGGCGGGGCAUGCUGAUGUAAUAACUCUGAUGUCAUACCUGCCAUGUGACAUCACUCACACUCCUUGUGAUGUCACCUUAAAGACGUUAAAGGCCCCAAAUUAUACUUUUAAUCCCUUUUUGUUUACAUGAGGAGGAACAUGGGUUCCUCAGAGAACACCUCUGAAGAACAACCUUUAGCACGACAAAGAACGUUCUAUAAGAACACACUUUUUCAUGUUCUUUAAAAGAACCCCAGUAGUGCCAGAAAGAACCAUCAGAGAUGAUUCCUUCAGGCACCAUAGUGGUGCUCUAAGAAGCUAAAACAAGUUCCUUAAGGAACCACUUCCCACAUAGUUCUAUGUGGAACCGUCUGGUUUUAGGGGUCCUUCAGAGUGAGAUGUUCUAGUUAGAACCAGCGGUGCCAGGGUUAGAGGGUAAGAGGAACUGUUUUCAUUCAACAAAGAACCUUUUAGGCAAAGGUUCUGAAUGAAACCUGUCUGCAAACAGUUCCUCGAAGAACCUUAGAAAUGGUUCCUUUAGGCACCAUAAAUGGUGCUUGGAAGAACUCUAGAUAUAGCAGGUUCUUUGAGGAACCUUUAAAUGCUCCUCCAGUUAAAGUUGGACAGGUGUAAUGGUGGUUCCUGAUUGGCUCCUCCCACUUGAGAAUCAAUCAUAUCCAUUUAAGGUUCUGCUCAAUCCUGGCCUUCGAUGGUUCUAACCCUAACCUCUAAGAGCACACUGAGAAAAAACACUGAAUAAAAAUUACCUUUUACAAGCCCUAUCCCUCCUCCAACUAGUCCCUCCCUCUUAUAUUAAGCCCCGCCCCCAUCUGUCUGUUUUUUAAUGCUUGAACUGUAAAAACGAAUCCCGCAUCCUGAUACGCUACUGUGACUGUCCGUCUUCUUGUUGUGUUUCUACAUGAUCCCCACCCCAGCACUCUCGCCCCGCCCCCAGCACUCUCGCCCCGCCCCCCGUGUUUUCUCUGUGGGUUUUGUGGGUUUUUUUGCCAAAGUUGUAGCUGGCUGAAUAUUGAUACCGUGUCUCUGUGGUCAAUCACACCGCCACCAGGAGCCUCCUUUUGUACCAUAUGGACUGAACAGUGUUUCUAUCUGCUGGUUUUGUACACAUGGAUGUCGUGUCUUCAUGGGUCUGUGGUGGUGCCACACUCACAUCAACCAUCGUUUUGUACUUCAAAAAAAAACUGAAUGUCUUCACACAUUUCUAGCGCUGUCAAUCAAAGCUGACGUCCAAUCAGCUCCACUCGUUUGGUUUCUGUUGUUUUGAAUGUAAAAUGUUUGGUUGUUCUGAAGCGAUUUCUUUGCACUGAAUAAAGUCAGCAGGUCGCUC